CUCCCUUCGCAGAUAGCAAAGCCAUUGUUGAUGGAAACCUGAAGCUCAUUCUUGGCCUGGUUUGGACUCUCAUUCUCCACUACUCGAUUUCCAUGCCUGUGUGGGAAGAUGAAGGAGAUGAUGAUGCCAAGAAGCAAACGCCAAAGCAGAGGCUGUUAGGUUGGAUUCAAAACAAGAUCCCGUAUUUACCCAUCACCAACUUUAACCAGAACUGGCAAGAUGGCAAAGCGUUGGGAGCCCUCGUGGACAGCUGCGCCCCAGGGCUUUGCCCCGACUGGGAAUCCUGGGAUCCCUCAAAGCCUGUGGACAAUGCUCGGGAAGCCAUGCAGCAGGCGGAUGACUGGCUGGGAGUCCCACAGGUCAUCACUCCUGAAGAAAUCAUUCACCCCAAUGUGGACGAACACUCCGUCAUGACUUACCUGUCCCAGUUCCCCAAAGCCAAGCUCAAGCCGGGAGCCCCUCUUAAACCCAAACUCAAUCCGAAGAAGGCCAGGGCCUACGGCCGAGGAAUUGAGCCCAAUGGGAACAUGGUGAAGCAGCCGGCCAGGUUUACAGUGGACACCAUUAGUGCCGGGCAAGGGGAUGUGAUGGUGAUUGUGGAAGAUCCCGAGGGCAACAAAGAAGAGGCACAAGUGACUCCCGACGGUGAUAAGAACAAGACAUAUUCUGUGGAAUAUUUGCCUAAGGUCACAGGACUUCACAAAGUCACAGUUCUCUUUGCUGGUCAGCACAUCUCCAAGAGUCCGUUUGAGGUCAAUGUUGACAAAGCCCAGGGCGAUGCCAGCAAAGUGACCGCAAAGGGACCAGGCUUGGAAGCCUCCGGCAACAUCGCCAAUAAGGCCACUUUCUUUGACAUCUACACAGCAGGAGCUGGUGUGGGAGACAUUGAAGUGGAAGUGGAAGAUCCCCAAGGCAAGAAAACGGUAGAAAUGGCCAUGGAAGACAAGGGAAAUCAGGUCUACCGCUGUGCUUACAAACCCGUUCAGUCUGGUCCUCAUGUGGUCAAGGUCUCAUUUGCUGGAGAAUCCAUUCCCAAAAGCCCCUUUAUGGUGAAUGUUGGGGAAGCCUGCAAUCCAAAUGCCUGUCGGGCCAGCGGACGAGGCCUGCAGCCCAAGGGGGUGCGGAUCCGAGAGACGGCCGACUUUAAGGUGGACACAAAAUCGGCGGGAAGCGGGGAGCUCAGCGUGACGGUCAGAGGGCCCAAGGGGCUGGAGGAGCUCGUGAAACAAAAGGGCUUCAUGAAUGGCGUUUAUGCUUUUGAGUACUAUCCAGGAACUCCUGGGAAAUACGUCGUGGUCAUCACGUGGGGUGGACACAACAUUCCAAAGAGUCCCUUUGAAGUCCAAGUGGGCCCUGAGGCAGAUGUCCAGAAAGUAAGAGCCUGGGGGCCUGGUCUCCAUGGAGGCAUCGUUGGGAGGUCCGCCGACUUCGUGGUGGAGUCCAUUGGCUCAGAAGUUGGAUCCUUGGGAUUUGCCAUUGAAGGUCCAUCCCAGGCAAAGAUUGAAUACAAUGACCAGAAUGAUGGGUCCUGCGAUGUGAAAUAUUGGCCCAAGGAACCGGGGGAGUACGCCGUCCAUAUCAUGUGUGAUGAUGAGGACAUCAAGGACAGCCCUUACAUGGCCUACAUCCAGCCAGCCUCAGGAGACUUCAACCCAGAUUUGGUUCAAGCCUAUGGUCCAGGACUAGAGAAGACUGGCUGUAUUGUCAACAACUUGGCAGAAUUUACUGUUGACCCUAAGGAUGCUGGGAAAGCCCCCUUGAAGAUCUAUGCUCAGGAUGGAGAAGGCAAUCCUAUUGAUAUUCAAAUGAAGAGUAAGAUGGAUGGGACCUACUCCUGUUUUUACACACCGCUGAAGCCGAUCAAACAUACGAUUGCCGUCGUUUGGGGAGGAGUGAAUAUCUCCCAAAGCCCAUAUAGGGUUGGCGUUGGUCAAGGGAGUCACCCUCAGAGGGUCAAAGUAUUUGGUCCUGGUGUAGAGAGAAGUGGUCUAAAAGCCAAUGAGCCCACUCACUUCACCGUAGACUGUACAGAGGCAGGGGAAGGUGAUGUCAGUGUUGGCAUUAAAUGUGAUGCCGGAGUUCUGGGCAUAGAUGAGGAAGACGUCGACUUUGACAUCAUUCACAACGCCAACGAUACGUUUACAGUGAAAUAUGCACCCCCUGCUCCUGGCAGAUACACCAUCAAAGUUCUCUUUGCCUCCAAGGAAAUCCCUGCCAGUCCUUUCCGAGUCAAAGUCGAUCCUUCGCAUGACGCCAGCAAAGUGAGAGCGGAGGGCCCUGGGCUCAGUAAGGCAGGGGUGGAAAAUGGAAAACCAACUCACUUCACCGUCUUCACCAAGGGGGCAGGGAAAGCCCCCCUGGACGUGCAGUUCACCGGGCCCCAGGCCGGGGUCGCCGUCCGGGAUCUGGACAUCAUCGACAACUACGACUAUUCCCACACCGUGAAAUACACACCCGUCCAACAGGGCAGCACACAAGUCCUGGUGACCUAUGGUGGAGAUCCGAUUCCCAAAAGCCCUUUUGUGGUAGAGGUCGCUGCCCCCCUGGAUCUGAGCAAGAUAAAGCUCAAUGGACUGGAGAACCGAGUGGAAGUUGGAAAGGACCAGGAGUUCGUGGUGGAUACCAAAGGGGCCGGAGGGCAAGGCAAAUUGGACGUGACAAUUUUGAGCCCCACUAGACAAGUGGUACCAUGCCUGGUGGCCCCUAUCGCCGGCAAAGAUUAUAGCACUGUCAAGUACAUCCCCAAGGAAGAAGGCUUGUAUGCUGUGGAUGUGAGUUAUGAUGGGAACCCCAUUCCAGGGAGCCCAUUUACUGUGGAAGCCUCCCUGCCUCCGGAUCCAACAAAGGUGAAGGCCCAUGGCCCCGGGCUUGAAGGAGGUUAUGUGGGAAAUCCUGCCGAGUUCACAAUUGACACCAAAGGAGCUGGCACAGGGGGCUUAGGCUUGACGGUAGAAGGUCCGUGUGAAGCCAAAAUCGAAUGCUCGGACAAUGGGGAUGGGACCUGUUCAGUCUCUUACCUUCCAACAAAACCUGGUGAAUACUUUGUCAACAUCCUCUUUGAAGAGGUCCAUAUUCCUGGGUCUCCAUUUAAAGCAGACAUCGAAAUGCCCUUUGAUCCCUCCAAAGUGGUGGCCAGUGGCCCUGGGUUGGAACGUGGGAAAGUGGGAGAAGCUGGCAUCCUCAAGGUAGACUGUUCAGAGGCUGGAUAUGGCGUCUUGGGCAUGGAAGCUGUAUCUGAUGCUGGAGUCAAAGCGGAUGUCCACAUCCAGAAUAAUAAAGAUGGUACUUAUGCUGUGACCUAUGUGCCUCUUGCUGCGGGCAUGUAUACGCUGACCCUGAAUUACGGAGGAGAGCAAGUACCAGCGUUCCCUGCUCGGGUCAAGGUGGAGCCAGCCAUAGAUACAAGCAAAAUUAAAGUCUAUGGACCUGGCAUUGAAGGAAAAGAUGUGUUUCGGGAAGCCACAACCAACUUCACAGUUGACUCCCGUCCUCUGACAAAGGUCGGAGGAGACCAUAUCAAAGCCACCAUCGCCAACCCCUCUGGGGCCUUCACGGACUACCUCAUCAAAGACAAUGCAGAUGGGACUUACGAUGUUGAGUUCACACCAUUUGAAAAAGGCCUCCACACCGUGGAAGUAACAUACGAUGACAUACCUGUGCCCAAUAGCCCCUUCCAAGUGGCGGUCACUGAAGGCUGUCACCCAUCUAGAGUGCAAGCCCAGGGACCUGGAUUGAAGGAAGGCUUCACCCACAAGCCCAAUCCCUUCACGGUGGUUACCAGAGGAGCAGGCAUCGGGGGCCUUGGCAUAACCGUGGAGGGACCCUCGGAGUCGAAGAUCAGUUGCAAAGAUAACAAAGAUGGCAGCUGUAGUGCGGAAUACAUCCCGUUUGUGCCGGGAGAUUACGACGUUAAUAUCACGUACGGGAACGAGCACGUGCCUGGCAGCCCCUUCAGGAUCCCCGUGAAGGACGUCAUCGACCCCAGCAAGGUCAAGAUCGCGGGCCCCGGCCUGGGGGCGGGCGUCAGGGCCAACGUCCCGCAGGCCUUCACCGUGGACAGCAGCCAGGCGGGCCUGGCCCCCCUGGAAGUCUUGGUCUUGGGGCCCCGAGCGGACGAGACGGACUCGCUGGCCCGGCGCAGCCCCCUGAGAGCCCUUUCAGAUUUCUUGAGAGGGGACCGUCAGGGGGAUUUUAAUGAGACAGGCCUGGUGGAGCCGGUGACGGUGACAGACAAUGGAGACGGCACGCACACGGUGACGUACACCCCGACCCAGGAAGGCCCCUACAUGGUGUCGGUCAAGUACGCCGGCGAGGACGUCCCUCACAGUCCUUUUAAGGUCAAGGUCCUCCCAACAUAUGAUGCUAGCAAAGUGACUGCGAGUGGCCCAGGCCUCAGUUCCUAUGGGGUUCCGGCCAGUUUGCCUGUGGAGUUUGCAGUUGAUGCCAAAAAAGCCGGCGUUGGACCCCUUGCUGUCCAGAUAACGGACCAAGAAGGAAAGCCCAAAAGAGUCAAUGUUCAUGACAACAAAGAUGGCACCUAUGCAGUGACCUACCUCCCCGACAAGACAGGCCGCUAUAUGAUCGGAGUCACGUAUGGUGGGGAUAACAUCCCAUCUUCUCCUUACCGAAUCCGGGCCACUCAGACUGGAGAUGCCAGCAAGUGCUUGGCCAAAGGCCCUGGCAUUGCCCCUACUGUCAAAACUGGGGAGGAAGUCGGCUUUGUGGUCGAUGCCAAGACUGCAGGCAAAGGGAAGGUGACCUGUACCGUCCUGACUCCUGACGGCGCUGAAGUGGAGGCAGAGGUCAUUGAGAAUGAAGAUGGCACCUAUGACAUCUUCUACACAGCGGCCAAGCCUGGCACCUACAUCAUCUACGUGCGCUUUGGCGGGGUGGAUAUUCCCAACAGCCCCUUCACCGUCAUGGUGACGGAAGAAGCCUACGUCCCCGUCAGUGACAUGAAUGGCCUGGGAUUUAAGCCCUUUGACCUGGUCAUUCCCUUCGCUGUAAGGAAAGGAGAAGUAACUGGAGAAGUGCACAUGCCCUCCGGGAAGACGGCCACCCCCGAGAUCGUCGACAACAAAGAUGGCACCGUCACCGUCCGCUACGCGCCCACCGAGGUCGGCCUGCAUGAGAUGCACAUCAAAUACAUGGGCAACCACAUCCCGGAGAGUCCCCUCCAGUUCUACGUCAACUACCCUAAUAGCGGCAGCGUGUCAGCCUACGGGCCUGGCCUGGUGUACGGAGUCGCCAACAAGACCGCCACCUUCACCAUCGUCACCGAGGACGCCGGCGAGGGUGGACUAGACUUGGCCAUCGAGGGGCCUUCGAAGGCCGAGAUCAGUUGCAUUGACAACAAAGAUGGUACCUGCACGGUGACCUACUUGCCCACGCUCCCUGGCGACUACAGCAUCCUCGUGAAAUACAAUGACAAGCACAUACCAGGCAGCCCCUUCACGGCCAAAAUCACAGAUAACAACAGGAGAUGUUCCCAAGUGAAGCUGGGCUCAGCCGCUGACUUCCUGCUGGACAUCAGUGAAACUGACCUCAGCACACUGACCGCCAGCAUCAAAGCCCCGUCCGGGCGGGAUGAGCCCUGCCUCCUGAAGAGGCUCCCAAACAACCACAUCGGCAUUUCUUUCAUCCCUCGGGAAGUUGGGGAACACCUGGUCAGCAUUAAGAAAAAUGGCAGCCAUGUGCCCAACAGCCCUGUAUCCAUCAUGGUGGUCCAGUCAGAGAUUGGAGAUGCCCGGAGGGCUAAAGUCUCAGGCCGGGGCUUGACAGAAGGACGUACUUUUGAAAUGUCAGACUUUAUUGUUGACACGAGGGAAGCAGGUUACGGCGGCAUAUCCUUGGCAGUAGAAGGACCAAGCAAGGUUGACAUUCAGACAGAAGAUCUUGAAGAUGGAACCUGCAAGGUGUCCUACUUCCCUACAGUCCCAGGGGUUUACAUUGUGUCCACCAAGUUUGCAGAUGAACACGUCCCAGGCAGUCCCUUCACUGUGAAAAUCAGCGGAGAAGGCAGGGUCAAGGAAAGUAUCACGCGCGCAAGCCGGGCACCAUCGGUGGCAACCGUUGGUAGUAUCUGUGAUCUCAACCUAAAAAUCCCAGAAAUAGACAGUGCGGACAUGUCAGCCCACGUCACCAGCCCUUCUGGCCGCAUGACUGAAGCAGAGAUUGUACCCAUGGGGAAGAGCUCCCACUGUGUCCGAUUUGUACCCCAAGAGAUGGGGGUACACACAGUGAGCGUCAAAUACCGAGGGCAACAUGUGACGGGAAGCCCUUUCCAAUUCACUGUUGGGCCUCUCGGGGAAGGGGGUGCCCAGAAAGUCCGAGCUGGGGGCCCCGGCCUUGAGAGAGGUGAAGCAGGAGUACCAGCGGAGUUCAGCAUCUGGACCCGAGAAGCAGGAGCCGGGGGCCUCUCGAUCGCCGUCGAAGGGCCGAGCAAAGCGGAAAUCACCUUCGACGACCACAAAAACGGGUCCUGCGGCGUGUCCUACAUCGCCCAAGAGCCUGGGAACUAUGAGGUCUCAAUCAAGUUCAACGACGAGCACAUUCCCGAGAGCCCCUACUUGGUUCCGGUCAUCGCCCCGUCCGACGAUGCCCGCAGACUCACCGUCAUGAGCCUCCAGGAAUCGGGACUGAAAGUGAACCAGCCGGCCUCCUUCGCCAUCAGGCUGAACGGGGCCAAAGGCAAGAUCGACGCCAAAGUGCACAGCCCGUCGGGGGCUGUCGAGGAGUGCCACGUCUCCGAGCUGGAGCCAGACAAGUACGCCGUGCGCUUCAUCCCGCACGAGAACGGCGUGCACACCAUCGACGUCAAGUUCAACGGCAGCCACGCCGUCGGGAGCCCUUUCAAAGUCCGCGUCGGGGAUCCGGGACAAGCCGGGAACCCAGCCCUGGUGUCUGCGUACGGAGCCGGCCUGGAAGGGGGCAGCACAGGCGUCCAAUCGGAGUUUUUCAUCAACACCACCAGAGCCGGCCCAGGGACGUUGUCUGUUACAAUUGAAGGGCCAUCCAAGGUCAAGAUGGACUGCCAGGAAACUCCAGAAGGCUACAAAGUCAUGUAUACGCCGAUGGCUCCAGGCAGUUAUCUAAUUGGUGUGAAAUAUGGCGGGCCUAACCACAUUGUUGGCAGCCCUUUCAAGGCCAAAGUGACAGGCCAACGCCUCGUCAGCCCGGGCUCUGCCAAUGAGACGUCUUCCAUCCUGGUAGAGUCGGUGACCAGGUCCUCCACCGAAACCUGCUACAGUGCCGUGCCCAAAGCUUCCUCGGAUGCCAGCAAGGUGACGUCCAAGGGAGCGGGGCUUGUGAAAGCUUUCGUGGGCCAGAAGAGCACCUUCCUGGUCGACUGCAGCAAGGCGGGAUCCAACAUGUUAUUGAUUGGCGUCCACGGCCCCACCACGCCUUGUGAAGAAGUCUCUAUGAAGCACGUUGGGAACCAGCAGUAUAACGUGACGUACGUCGUCAAAGAGAGGGGCGACUACGUUUUGGCCGUCAAGUGGGGCGAGGAGCAUAUUCCUGGGAGCCCCUUUCAUAUCACAGUGCCUUAACGUGGGUCCCAAUGAAAUGCUUCUAUGUGGAACGUUGAUUUUUUAUACCGAGUUUGUGGGUCUUUUGUGGAAAUGAAAUGUAGUCUCUAAAUAGGCAUCUCAUCCUUAAGUAUGUCCAGGAGUCAAUGCUCAGCUUUUUAUUCUUUUAGGAGACUUUUCAAAAUCUCAAAGCUUAGAAAUUUCAAAUGUCCUUCCUGUGCCCCUCUGGGCCCUCGAUUCCCAUGAUACCUCUCUGUCCCGUCCUUAAAAGUCACGCGUGCGAUGGGCCUGCACGCUGGCUUCACAGCAGACACUCCAGAUCGUGGAACGUGAGCCAAAACUGGAACUUCUUUAAAAAACAACCAACCAAAAAAUCGAGAUGGGGGACCGGAAAUGGCUGGUUUUCUCUUGGACUUUUCUAGAACGUGUUCCUGGAAGGGAAGGUCUUUCUGUUGUUUUUUAAUGAAUAGGAAAUGGGGCUCAGACUUGGUCCUCGAGGGACAGCCCCCGUGUUAGGGCCCGGCGCGAUGAGCAGGGCGACCCCCUCGCGUAGCCUGCUUCGAACACUAACACUUUGGGCUCGGAGAGGCCUGCGGCGCGGUGCAGCCUGCACGGGCCGUCUUUGCUCCUUCCUCCCGGCCUCCCGGCAGGGCUCCGUCCCUCUGCCAAAGGUUACUGUUUAACCCAGCCCAGAGGCUGCCUUCUUGGCACAUCCUUUGCUUGCGUGUCAGGAUUUUUACUAGCCUUUUCUCAGACUCACCUCAUGCCAAGUGUGAAGGGCCAGACGCGGGCCUCGAGGCCUGUCCCUGCAGAGACGGGGGGCGGGAAAGGAGGGGGGAGGCAUCGGGGGGCCGUUCUCUGUGACGCGCUCAAGGAAGGGCCCCGGCUGGCUCAUGCUGCUUCCUGCAGAGCGCUGGCCAGGGGCCUUCUGGGCGCUCUCAGCCCAUUCCUGGGAACAGCAGACGAUUCACGGUGGCCCCCCGGGAAGGAGCUGAGCGCCCCGCGCCGGGGCUCCAUCUGCGGCGGGCCUUGGUGGGAGACGCGCAGCACGCUGCACGCCGGCGGCCCCAGCGGGCAGGGUUGUACAAUUGUGUCUCAUAACUUAUUAAAAUAAAAUCUUUGCUCCCUGAAA